GUUGAACUUUCUCUACAAGUGAUUGAGAGUUGGGUUAGUGUGGUAGUGACAACAUAGAAGAGGGGAAACAAUGGUGGUACGAAAAUUGUGGGUUUUGUUGCUUAUUGUCUCCAUGCAUGGCUAUGGCACUUUAGCCUCAGAUCCUGACCCAAUUCAGGAUUUCUGCAUUCCAAACCCCAAAUUUGGUGCUAUAGGAACAGCUCAUCUCGGCAUUCUGCCAUGCAAAAACUCCUCAGAAGCAACCACCGAUGAUUUCGUGUUCUCUGGCUUAAAAGCCACUGGAAACUUCAGUGACACAGGCCUUGCUACCAUUCCUGUCAAUCCAGGAGCAUUUCCAGGGAUUAACACACUAGGCAUGUCAUUCGUACGUGCUGACCUGAAAGUUGGUGGGAUUAAUCCACCUCAUUUUCACCCUAGAGCAACUGAAAUCGCGUACGUGGUGCAAGGCAGUAUUUAUUCAGGCUUUGUUGAUUCAAACAAUCGCGUUUUCGCCAGGGUGAUUGAGCAGGGAGAGGUGAUGGUGUUUCCACGGGGUCUGGUGCACUUUCAAAUGAAUGUUGGUGAGAAGCCCGCUACAAUUUUUGCAAGUCUUAACAGCCAAAAUCCAGGACUCCAGAAGAUCCCAACUGCUAUUUUUGGAUCUGGUAUCAAUGAGAAGCUGUUGGAGAAGGCCUUCGGCCUGACUCCUAAGCAGAUUGGGACUAUGAGGAGAAGAUUUGAUCCCAAAACAUGGAGGUAAAUUCAUGACCGUUGGAAAAGAUUGUCAUAGAAAAUAUGAUGAGUAAGUUAAAUGGCUUUGCUGUAGUAUGAUGAAGAUGAAAGAUUAUGCUUUUGUUUAUGUUAUAAGUUCUGUUCGUGUAUACUGUACUUGGAGCUGCAACUAGUUUCCAUCACAUCCCAAGUGUUGCACCCAGAGUUUUAAUUUAAUUUAUUUCUCUAUGGUAUCGAAUUUAAACUUGAUUCA